CGCAGCCAAUGAGAGCCCUCCCAGAGGCAGACCUUCCCAAGCAGGAAGCAGCGUGGGCACUCCGCUGCCUGCCUCCCCAAGUGGUGGAGAUGGCAGUCAGCUUCACCAUGCUCUGCUGUUUAGCCCUUUGGAGCUCCACCACGACUUCAGGCGCUACAGCUGUGCCACCCCCCCACUCCAGCAUGAAGCCUGGCUCCCCUGUCCCCAUGGACACCGACAACCCCGGGGUUCGCAGGGCAGCUCGCUUCGGGGUGUACAGAUACAACAACAGCUCCAAUGACCUCUUUCUCUUCAAGGAAUCCCAAAUUAAAACAGCCAUGGUACAGAUUGUCAGAGGGCUGAAGUACAUGCUCCAUGUGGACAUCGGGCGCACGGUGUGUGAGAAGAGGGAGCACUCCAACCUGGACAGCUGCCACUUCCAGAAGAAAAAGAACUUGCAACAGAUGCUGAGAUGCUAUUUUGAGGUCUGGAUAACGCCUUGGUUACAUACAGCUUAUGUUCCUGUUGCUCUCUGUUACUGAUUCACCUUGCCCCACGAGAACCUGGGAUCUACCAUCAUGAGGUCUUCCUUGCCUGGACUGUUGAGGGCAAAACUGAAGUGAGGCACGACCGUAUGGAAUCUCCCUGGAGCUCUUCUCUCGGAGCACACGGCUGUUCUUCUCCCUGAGAAAGAUGCUCACAAGUGACAAAGACUUGCCUUGACUGAAUUUCUUGCUGUCCAGUUGUCUAUGUUUUUCCAAAACUAAACUGCAGAUGAGACCAUGCUGUCAUUCAUUCUGUAGAGGUUGAGUUCCCAAAGCAGUGUGAACACUCCUAGGAAGCAGUGUUGGACUUGUGUUACUCUGUGAUGAAUCCUCACACAGCGGUGCUGUUAACCAUGCUAAACUACAGCACCUGGAACUACAACACUGAGGGAAGCUUCAAAGCAAAGGGAUAGUUUGCCUGAGGAUAUACACUCAAAAUCUUAAAGAGUCUCCAGUGCUAGCAAGAAGGUUAGACAUCUCUGUCAGGAAGGUGGGAGGUCAAGUUCUCUUUCUUCAAAGUCAUGCUCUCAGAUCAGAUCUGUCACAGAACCACAGAAUGGUUUAAGUUGGAGCUUAAAGAUCAUCUAGUUCCUACUCCUUCCACCAAACCAGGUUGCUCAGAGCCCCAACCAGCCUGGCCAUGAACACCUCCAGGGAAGGGGCAUCCACGGUCCCCCUGGACAACCUGUUCCAGUGUCUUACCACCCUCACUCCAAAGAAUUUCUUCCUUAUCUUCAGUUAAAUCUCCCCUCUUCCAGCUCAAACACAUUCUCCCUCAUACUAUCACUACAAACCCAUGUCAAAAGUCUCUCCCCAGCUUUCUCAUAGCACCCCUUCAGGUACUGGAAGGCUGCUGUAAGGUUUCCCCAGAGCUUUCUCCUCUGCAGGCUGAACAGCCCCAACUCUCUCAGCCUGUUCCCACAGGGGAGGUGCUCCAGCCCUCUGAUCAUCUUCAUGGCCCUCCUCUGGACCUGCUCCAACAGUUCCAUGUCCUUCUUGUGUUGCCAGAACUGGAUGCAGUACUCCAGGUGGGGUCUCAUGAGAGCAGAGGGGCAGAUUCAUCUCACCUGUCCCCCCGGUCACACUGCCUUCCAACCAAGCCAAGAGCAAUGACCAUUCUCUAUCAGAAAUGGGCACCCACUCCCAGAACUCCUGCCUGCCCUCUGUGCAGAGCCUGCCUUUUGCCUGCCUUUUGCCUGCCUUCACUUAUUGCCAACACAUCUGCAGCUACAGGCCCAUGCUUCACAGCUGGAGGGGUCUGCCCAGCAAAGAGCCCACACCACGAGCCAGAAAGGAGUAGUGACUGAACUGCCAUGAGAUGCCAGAGCCAACAAAGCAGCCAAGUGCCCAAACCAUCAGCUCAGCUUCCUUUGUGCUACAGCUCUAGCCUUCCCCAGUGCCUUGCUGCAGUAUGUAGGCAAAUUGUUCCCCAUAGGAAGCAGACAGCUCUAUUACCCUCAUGGAGUCCAGCCUCAUUUCUCGGCUGGGGUACUUGACAGAACAACUCUCCCUGCUACCACAGGGAUCAAGACAAGAGCUCAGAAGGCAACAGCCCCAGUGAGUAAGGGCAUUAGGCACCUUCAGGUUAGCAGAAGCUGCUUCUAAGUUUCUGUUCUGCCACGA